UUCCGCUCCGCCGCGGCGGAAAGAUCGUCCCCCGGGCAAGAUGGCGGCUUCUCUCUUGAGGUUAGCGAGCCGGCGCUGUCUCUGUGUCCGCCUCAGCCCGAGAUCCUCCAUGCAGCAAGUGCUCCCCAUGGCGACGACCGCGAAGGAAGAAAUGGCUCGUUUUUGGGAAAAGAACACCCAGUCAAAACGCCCGCUGUCCCCUCAUCUCACCAUUUACAAAUGGCCCCUCCCCAUGGCAAUGUCCAUCAUUCACCGCGGUACCGGAGUGGGAAUGAGUUUAGGAGUGUCAUUCUUCGCCUUAAGUGCACUGGUCCUUCCUGGACAAUUUCCUGAUUACCUGGAGUUGGUCAAGUCGCUCAGCCUAGGGCCCGCUCUGAUUUAUUCUGCAAAAUUCGCUUUAGCUCUACCCUUAACCUACCACACCUGGAAUGGGAUUCGGCAUCUGGCAUGGGACAUGGGCAAAGGCUUCAAAAUGCCCCAGGUUUACCAGUCUGGAGUCCUCGUCCUCGUCCUGACGGCUCUUUCUUCCCUUGGGAUUGCCGCUAUGUGAAGUUGGCGGCGGAGACUCUCCUCGGUCCCCAACUUCCCCACUUUGCAUCCUUCGACUCCUGAGAAGUUGGGUUCAAUCAGGACUUCCGGAAGCAUUUGCCCAGUUGGUUGAUUAGAGAAAUAAUCGGGUGAGGGAAAAGGGCUGGGAUGAGCAGAACCCCCAUUGUCGCACACGGUUGUAAUCUGAAAGGAGACAGUUCUGUUUGGAACCUUGUAGAGCUUUGUAGAGCUUUGUGAUUAUUAUUUUUCUUCAUUGCGAUAUGUCACAGUUUUGCCAGAGGGACUCUCUCGGGGCUCUUCCCCGGCUGAGGCCUAAAAGCACACCAGCACGAGACUCGAGAAUGGCUAAACGCAGAUGGGCUAAGAAACUGACAUUCCCCACAGGGCAGCGUGAACCGUCUGCCUUUACUCUUUUUAGCCCUCUCCUUUGGCAGAACAAUCCUUUUCUUUGUCCCCCACGGGGAGGGGAGCACUCCAGGGCAGCGUGCAAGCAGGCGUGGGGGGCCGCAUUUUGAAAGGGACAACGUUAUCCAUUGAAAGCAGGCUGGCGCUAAGAGUCACAACAGCAGUUGGCCACCCCCAGCCUGACUGAUGUUUUUCCCACGUGGGCCAAUGGCUCCGUGGGUGGAGGUGUGCUGAAACAUUGCACGGUUUCCUUUGUGCGGUUAGCCACCCUGUGCAGGACUGCCCAGGAGAAAGGAAGUAGCAGUAACCCUGCGUUUGGCUUUUGGGAGACAGCCUUUCUGGCCCCGUUGAAUUAAUCGUUUCUGGUGGUCAGCCGUUUGCUUCUGAGCCAAGAAAAAGGACAAAUGUAGAGCUUUCCAGAACAUAGAGCCACCCAUGCAUCUUCUGUAAAUACGUACACUUAUAUUUUACUUUUCCUCUCGUGAACGAUUAGAGGCGGACAGCCCCUUUCCUGAAAUUACGUUUCUUCUCCCUGGGUUUUGACCCGAUGAAGUUCUUCCUGUUAAUAAAAAUUUGGAGAAAAA